GUGACUCAGAGAAACUAUUCCAGGAAGUUGCACAGAGAUGGCCUCUCCUGCGGAUUUGAUUAUCAGUUAUUAUGCAGUUAAAUGUUCCCUCCUGACAAGAGGCAUUUUUUUGGAGCCUGGAGACAAAUCAAGUUGGGAUGGGGUUGCCAAAGGCUGCAGCAUGCGUAGCUGUUCUCCUGGUUAUAUACUACAGUCUGGAUAAUCAGGAAGUGAUGGAAACAAAAGCAUCAUAUAAUCAUUCCAGAGGCAAAAGACAGGUGUCAGCAACACAACCGUCAGCUACAACAAUUAACGUACCAAUGGAUUUUGAUUUAUUGCUUGAUUUGACCAUCCCAGUCUCCAUUUUGCCACUACUGAGGAACAGUCUGAAUAGCAUCUCGUUCCCCUUCACGCUCAAUCAGUCUCUACAAGUAUUGGAUAUUCAGUUCACCACAGCGUGCUUUCCAAACUCCACCGGAGGCCUGCAGUGUACGUGUGAGGAUCAGUUUGCUUGGCCGUGUGACAAGUGUGACGUCUACGGUGCAUGCAGUAAUGUCACCGGACCAACCUGUGAGUGCAUCAAUGGACGUCCUUCUGACGGAGAGUACUGUGAACCAAUCACAAGUAUUAAUCCAUGUCCCACUCCAACUCCUGUGAUAACUACGACAACAGCAAUGAUGACAACAACAAAAGAACCAAUGGAUUUUGAUUUAUUGCUUGAUUUGACCAUCCCAGUCUCCAUUUUGCCACUACUGAGGAACAGUCUGAAUAGCAUCUCGUUCCCCUUCACGCUCAAUCAGUCUCUACAAGUAUUGGAUAUUCAGUUCACCACAGCGUGCUUUCCAAACUCCACCGGAGGCCUGCAGUGUACGUGUGAGGAUCAGUUUGCUUGGCCGUGUGACAAGUGUGACGUCUACGGUGCAUGCAGUAAUGUCACCGGACCAACCUGUGAGUGCAUCAAUGGACGUCCUUCUGACGGAGAGUACUGUGAACCAAUCACAAGUAUUAAUCCAUGUCCCACUCCAACUCCUGAACCAAUGGAUUUUGAUUUAUUGCUUGAUUUGACCAUCCCAGUCUCCAUUUUGCCACUACUGAGGAACAGUCUGAAUAGCAUCUCGUUCCCCUUCACGCUCAAUCAGUCUCUACAAGUAUUGGAUAUUCAGUUCACCACAGCGUGCUUUCCAAACUCCACCGGAGGCCUGCAGUGUACGUGUGAGGAUCAGUUUGCUUGGCCGUGUGACAAGUGUGACGUCUACGGUGCAUGCAGUAAUGUCACCAGACCAACCUGUGAGUGCAUCAAUGGACGUCCUUCUGACGGAGAGUACUGUGAACCAAUCACAAGCAUCAAUCCGUGUCCCACUCCAACUCCAGAGAUGUUAACAUCAACAGUGAGGACAACAACAAACACAACAACAAUGCCAAACACAACAAUGCCAGUGACCACAACAACAAUGCCAAACACAACAACAAUGCCAAACACAACAACAAUGCCAGUGACCACAACAACAAUGCCAAACACAACAACAAUGCCAAACACAACAACAAUGCCAGUGACCACAACAACAAUGCCAAACACAACAACAAUGCCAAACACAACAACAAUGCCAAACACAACAACAAUGCCAGUGACCACAACAACAAUGAUGCCAGUGACCACAACAAUAAUGCCAGUGACCACAACAACAAUGAUGCCAGUGACCACAACAAUAAAUGAACUUUCCUUUGUCCUGGAUAUAGACUUUGACGAAUCCUUCAAUGAAGAAUCAAAUGAUGUUUUCAUCAAUGCAAACAGAGCUAUUCAAACACAAUGUCGGACUCCACAAUCAUCUUGUCAGUUAAGUGGAUUCAGGUCAGGAAGCACCAUCGGAGAUUAUACCAUAAGAGGAGCUUCAUUAUCAGACACAGAGCUUCAAGCUAUACAAACAGGGAUAUUUCUAGACCUGUCGGAAACCUACCCUAUAAUAUUUGACAGUCAGUCAUCCUUAAAGUUGGAACCGACUACAGUUAUCUCACAGCAAGAGGCAACUGUGACAUGUGGUCCUCCUCCAGCUAAUCUCAAUUUAGGAACCAACUGGACAGCAGAGUGGAGGUUUAACAACAAUCCAAUAAGCAGCAAUGAAGACCUCUAUGAAUUUUCAAAAGUGAAUGAAGAAGCAGUGUUAACUCUGAAAAGAUUCUUUGGUACAGACAUUGGUCAAUAUGAAUGUAGGCUGAAGUCUGGCCAGAAAAUCUUCAGAGAGAGAUCCAAUAAAAACUUCACACUCCAAGAGCAACCUCUGAUACGACUGACGCCGCUCAGCAGACAAAUCCAUUGUCAGGACAUGGCAAGUGUAGAAGUGAAACUAGAGUGCUCUGUCAACGAACCCUACACUGUUGUGUUAAGAAACUCGACUAAAGUCUUAGGCACAGGUAAUUCUAUCAGCUACUCGUUUCUCAUCCCCAUCUGUGAAAAAACGGAACAUACAUUCACCUGUCAAGUGAUAGGCCGCCAAGAAUUAAAACAAAGUACACUGGAGAUAACUACAGGAGCUCCUGAUUGUAACAAUGAUGUAUUUGGUACUGGAAAUCUUGGCCAGAUGGCCUUCGGUUCCUGUGAACGUGACGAGGUGGGAGAGAGGAAAGGAGUUUGUCAGGAAGAUGGAUUGUGGAAAGAAGUUGAAAACAACUGUACCCUACGACCGGUUCAGGAGCUGCUCCUGCAGUCUGAGUUGUUGAAUGCCAAUUCACUGCCAGGUUUCUUGGACACACUCAGCGAUGUCACCGUCAACUUCACUGAGGAAGUGGUUAAAUCUCCCACAAACAUAAAUGCCAUUGUUGAUAUACUCAGCAAUGUUGCAAAUACACCCCUACCUAUUAAUAGUGACUUAGCAAAGGAUAUCCUUCUCACUGCAGGUGUCCUCACCACAAAUGGUUCAAGGGGAACCUGGGAGUCCCUGAACAAUGGCUCAAGAAAUGAGUCACAGACAAGAAGAAGCUCCACAUUCUUGCAGUCACUGGAGAAUAUAACACGUCGCAUUACUGAUGUCUCUUUAGCAAUUGACACACCUUAUAUUCUCUUAAACAAAACUACAUUCACAGACUCUUUCAAUGCCAGCUUUAAUUCUUCAGUGACGAUAGUUAUAUCAGAACCUGGUGAAGGAGAGAAGAAUAUCACUGUGAUGACAUUUGCUUCAAUGCAUAACGUUCUCCCCGCGAGAGACGAAGCAAAUUCCUCCAGAUUUGACAUCAAUGGGAGAGUCGUUCUUGUUCAGACCAGCAUUGGAAACAUCCCCAUUAAUAAUAUUUCCUUUACAUUUAACCUCAAUAACACUUCACUGGUGAACCCACAGUGUGUAUUCUGGAACUUCAGCCUCUUUGAUGAUCGCGGGGGAUGGGACAACGAAGGCUGUAUGCCUGUAGAAAUUAAAAAUGGAAGCGUCACCUGCAACUGCAACCACCUGACCUCCUUCUCCAUCCUUAUGUCGCCCUUCGUUAACUGCGAAGUGUGUUCUCUGAUAACAUUUAUUGGAGUUGGCAUAUCCAUGGCCUCCUUGGUCAUAUGCCUAAUAAUUGAGGCUGUCAUAUGGAGAAAGAUUAGAAGGAACACCACAUCUUACCUGCGCCAUGUCUCCAUUGUUAACAUUGCCGUGUCUCUCCUGAUUGCAGACAUUUGGUUUAUCAUAGGGGCUUCUAUUUCAGAAGCACCGGGUGAUAACCGUGACGCAUGCUCUGCAGCUACAUUUUUCAUCCAUUUUUUCUACCUAGCCAUGUUCUUCUGGAUGUUAGCCUCAGCCCUUCUGUUGCUUUACCGCACAGUCAGUGUCUUUGAUGGAGGUUUGUCCAAAAGAUCUAUGCUGGCUAUUGGAUUCUCUAUAGGCUACGGAGGGCCUAUUAUCAUCGCGGUCAUAACUAUAGCUGCCACUGCACCCAGUGAAACGUACACACAAGGUAAAUUCUGCUGGCUCAACUUUAAAGAGUCCCUCGCCAUAAUAGCCUUUGUGUUGCCUGCUCUGACGAUAGUGCUGUUUCACCUCAUCAUCUUGAUUGUGGUAUUAUUCAAAAUGCUGAGGAGAAGGGCAGUGGCAGAUUCUGCCCAAGCAGGUCAGAGGAAUGUUUUAUUGGUUAUUGCAAGGACCCUGGCUGUCCUCACACCAUUAUUUGGAUUAACUUGGGGUCUGGGAAUUGGAACCCUGGCCGACCCAGAAAAUCAAGGCAUCCACAUUGCUUUUUCAUUCUUCAAUUCACUGCAGGGUUUCUUCAUAUUGGUGUUUGGACUGCUGCUGGACAAAAAGGUGCGGUCAGAAAUAGCAAUAAAGUCACAGAUAUCCGGAAGUGGCACCACGAGCACCAGUGCUGGAAACUCAUCGAGUGCAUUUGGAUUUCUCCGGCUCUGGAGACGAGGAAGAGAUGGUUACAACAUCUCAUCCAACGACUCUAAUGUGACUCAGUCUCUCAACCCUUCAUAAUGUUUGCAGAGCGCUUCAACCAGUCCACUCUGAAAAACAACCAACGGAGCUAGACACUUUUUCUCCAACGUUACGACAACUAAUCAUGAAUACGGUUUUCUUUUUAAAGCUGCUGCACAGCUUACAACUCUGUUAUACAUACAAGCAUUUAUAUGUAUGUUAUUACAUUCAUUUAUGUUGGAUAAAUAGUAUUAAUUAUCUUCUUUGAGAAAGGAGUUUCAUGUACUUGCUAUAGGUCAGGAGAUAUACUUGGGAAAAUGUGUGUCGUCAUUCUCAUUUCUGACCACUAGAGGCAGAAGUGCACCGAUAUUUUCUUUCAGGUACUUUAAUUUCUUGAUGCACUUAAAAAAACAAAACAUGUAGCUACAUAUAAAAGGCAUUAAUCUUAAUAAGUGAUCUUAUAUUACUGUGUUUUUGUCAUAUAAUAAAUACUUUUUGAAUGCAGAGACUUUAAUAAUCUGUUUUACACAUCACACAAACACACACACACACACACACACACACACACACACACACACACACACAUGUGUGGUGGUGACUGAGUCUGCAGAGACUUUGUCCUCUGACUGGAUUUUUAUGUUUUGGUUUGCUUUUGUUGACUCUGGCUGGUUCUGGGUGGGGAGUUGUUGUGUUUCCUCCAGCCAAUGAUAGCGCUCAGAUGAGUUUAGGAGUGGAAACAGUUCAGCAAUUGGGUGCGAUUUCCUACCUGUGAAUAUGCCAGACAUGGGUGUAGCAGCAAAAAGAAAGUAUAAUCAUAGUGAGGCAGAUAAAGCUCGUUCUGAAACAAGGGUGAAUCUUGUGUCGUCUUUCACCCUCAGACAUGGAGUUUUUCCCCUUCCUGUUGGACAGGCAGGUGCAAACACCUGCGGUUAGCUUGUGUUAGCGUGCGGUAGCUUGCAGUGUAGGUACAAGCAGUAAACGUACACACUACGUCCUGCAGUGAGUGUGAGCUUCUGGAGGGGGCGAUGAGCCCAGGAGGAGGGGCCCAAUUUGAAUGUUGUGUUUAGAAGCUGCAACAA